AAACUUUUUGAUUGGCGUUGGCGCUCUUUUGCUUCCUUUCCUUUCAUUCGCUCUUUCAUUUCAAUUUACAGAAAAUGGCUUCCGAAGAAUUGGUGACUGAGCAAUUUCAAUUUUUUGGUAUAGAUGUGCCUAAAGAAGUCAUAAGUAAAUGCGUAAGUUUAUGCGAAGAAUACAACAUCGACGCUGAAUCUUUCAUCGAACAAUGGAUGGCCUUCAGUUUAAACAACUUAAACGGUUCGUCGCCGAAUUUGGACAACUUGGAUGUAUUUGUGAGAAAGGAAUUUUCCAAGCGAUCGGCGAAUCGUCCCAAUGCAACGGCUACAGAAAAUGGACAAUCGGUUACCGGCAGCGGUUUGACGGUUUACGGAGCAGGGGCUGCUGUUUCAAAUCAAUCAGAAAAUGAAGUUUUAUCAAAUUAUAUGGCAACAACACCAAAGAGAGUUAAAAUUGAAAUUGAAUCAACAAAUCAUCCAAAUGACCUGUGUCCAGCUAGUUACUCACCUACAGUUGGAUCAGCUAAAUACGCAUCAAGAACAAAUCCCGGUGCAGUCGUUCAUUCAUAUGGUGAUGAUAAAUUAUUACAGAGCAUUGCUGAACCAUGCAGUCUUGAUUUUUUAAAUCUAAGAAUAGCACAGGUACCCAAUGAUGAUGGUGACACAUACACUAAAGCAAUGUUCGGCUUUGAGCUGCUCCAUGAGAAAGCUAGUAUGUUUGAUAACAACAUUCGAUAUUUAUCACAAUGCAUUAUGAAAAAGAAUGGAAUAUCAGAAGUCACUUCUGUUAGGUGUAAAACACAGGCGGAAGUGUCAGUAGCAGGUCGCAUUGAGUGUGAUGCCGAUGCCAGGCUCAACCCCAAGAGUGUUGUGCUUCAAGGAAUUUGGGAACACUCGCUCAGUCAAACAGUGCCAGUGGAUCUAGAUAACGUAAAGCAGUAUUCAUUAUUCCCCGGCCAGACGGUUGUGAUGCGAGGCGUCAACCCUCGUGGAGACAAAUUCGUAGCGCAAGAGGUUUUCUGCGACGCCUCCCUGCCCGUCGCGGAUCAUAAGGCCGACAUGAUAAACGCGUUAAAUGGUAAAAUGUCAAUUGUGAUAGCGGCAGGACCAUACACAACAUCAGAUAACAUGGCAUAUGAACCCCUAAAAGACUUUGUUUCCUAUAUUACAACACACAAACCUCAUGUAGUUAUUAUGACGGGACCUUUUCUAGACAGUGAACAUACCAAAGUUAAAGACAAUACAAUGGCAGAAACAUUCAAAUCAUUCUUCGACAAACUAAUAGAUAAUCUAGGCGAUUUAAGUAAUACAAGUCCAAACACAAAAAUAUACAUAGUCUCUAGCAGUAAGGAUGCAUUCCACGUGAACAUUUACCCGACGCCAGCAUACCCUAGCAAACGGAAACAUGGGAACAUUCACUUUAUACCUGACCCUUGCACUCUCAACAUCAGUGGAGUAGUUGUUGGUGUUACCAGUACCGACAUCCUUAUGCACACAAGUCAAGAAGAAAUAUCCUUGGGUAUGAGCGGCGACAAGUUGUCGCGGCUAGCGGGUCACGUGUUGCAGCAGCAGUCGUACUACCCGCUGUGGCCGGCGGCCGCGGGACUCGCGGUGGACGCCGCGCUGUGGGCGGCGCAUGCGCAGCUCGCUGUCACACCGCACAUACUAGUGCUGCCCUCUAACUUCAGAUACUUCGUCAAGGAUGUCAACGGCUGCGUUGUUGUAAAUCCAGAGCAUUUAACAAAAGGAACAGGCGGUGGCACAUUCGCACGAUUAUUGAUAGCCAGUGACAACAAUGAUAAAAAAAUCUCAGCGCAAAUUGUCCGCAUUUAAGAUAUUAAUACAAACCUCUUUCUUGA